GAUGUGUUGUCCGAGUCGGUCCUCCUCUUUGACGGGACUCUAUGUACACAAUCAUAACGUUUAUACAAAUAACGACAAUUGCAGUUCACAACACUGGCAAACCACUUACGAGACCCGAACUUUUGCCUCUUAUCUCAGUAAUGCCGGCUAUCGGACGGCAUUUUUCGGUAAAUAUCUGAAUGAAUACAACGGGACAUACAUUCCUCAGGGAUGGAAGGAAUGGUCGGCUUUAGUACGAAAUUCGCGUUUUUAUAAUUACACACUGAAUGUGAACGGGAAUAAAGUGAAACACGGAGACGACUACCAUCUAGAUUAUUAUCCCGACCUCAUUACCAACGAUAGUCUUCAGUUUCUGCGUUAUUCGAAGCGAUUCUUCGCUAAUAAGCCUUUACUUAUGGUGUUAUCAUAUCCGGGCCCUCACGGCCCCGAAGACGCCGCCCCGCAGUUCCACAACCUCUUCCUCAACGUCACAACUCAUCGUACCAAAAGUUGGAACUUUGCUCCAAAUCCGGACAAACAAUGGAUCCUAAGAAAUACGGGUAAAAUGGAACCGAUUCACGAAGAAUUCACUGAUAUGUUACACACAAAACGUUUACAGACAUUACAAUCGGUGGACGAAUCCGUGGAAAAGUUAUACAAUGAGCUCAAAGAAUUAGGAGAACUUGACAACACAAUUGACAACAUUGUGCUCAACAUAGAUCUGGCGCCUACUUUCCUGGAUAUCGCCGGCGUUAAAGUUCCCGAUCAUAUGGACGGCAGCUCUGUAUUGCCUUUGCUUAAGAAGACAACUGAAACCAAUAAAUCUGAUGUCGAGCUUAAAAAACCAAAGGAUGUCGAGUGGAGGCAUACUUUCCUCAUUGAAAGAGGAAAAUAUACCAAAGAGUCGGACAAUCCUUUCCGGACUCUAUCGAAAAAAGAGUGGCUCACAAUUGAAUGCCAAAAACCCGAAUAUCAGUCUCCGUGUAGUCCUUAUCAGCGCUUUGAGUGUUAUUUCGAUGGCUCUGAGACCAGAAUCAGGAAAUGUAGAAAAUCCUAUUGGAGUCCUUCAUAUCAGAGAAAAGUACACCAGAAGUGUAUUUGUUCUUCGGAUCAGUCGACCGAUACAUCUGAUCAUAAAUACGAGGAAUCAUUUGAUUUAAAUUCCGAAGAUUUACUCAUAAAAUCCAAGAAACGAAAACUGGAUUCAAAUGAGAAGAAAUUGCAGCGAAGGUUCCUUAAAGAG